AUUCCUCCCUGUGUUUCUAAUGGCUGUGUUCACACUCGACGUCAGCGUCCCGGAACGUCUCCGUCACGUCAACGUCACGCAUUCUUUCGAAGAAUGUUUCCCGUCAUGACGGUGAGUUGACGUGAUGUAAAUCUCUGGUUUUCGGACUGCCUCCAUGUUUUUAUUCGGCCCCUGUUUAAGUGUUUAUACAUUUUGGAAGGAGUGAGGUUAGGUUAGAUUUGGUUCGAAAACUUUGCUUGUACCUAACAUAUAAUGGAGUUCGACGAGUAUUUGAUUGAAUUAGUUCGUUCUCAUUCAGAACUAUAUAAUAUGACUGAUAGGAGAUAUAGUGAUUCCGUUUGGAAAGAAACACUGUGGAAGGAAAUUGGAGAAGAAGUGGGGCGUCCAGGCCCUGAAUGCAAGCGACGAUGGGUGUCACUGAGAGACCAAUUUAGAAAAUGUGUUGUUAAAAAAACAAAGAGCGGACAAGCUGCCAUACCCAAGAAGCCAUGGAAGUAUGAGGAGAUUAUGGCUUUCCUGCGCCCAUACAUGCUGGAGCGGGAAACAGUUUCUAACAUAACUGUUGAUAUUUGUUCAGAGGAUGAAUCAAACAGUGAGGUGUCAUCACCUAUUCCGGACAUUGAAAAUAACAGUGAUUUGAGGUCAGAGACAAGCAGGCCUGUCAUGCAAAAGCGUAGUCAAAGUGGCAAUAAGAGGAGAACUACAGACUCUGCAUCUGCUUCUCUGAUGAAUUAUAUUUUAGCGACACAGCCAAAGGAAGAUCACAUUGACAGUUUUCUUUCAGGGAUAUGUGCCAGUAUAAAAAGAUUGUCCCCAUUGCGGCAAAUACAAGCUAAAGACGAAAUUUACAGAAUAGUGUCUGAUCUAGAAAGGGAUCAAGUGUGUGAAAAUAUUAAUAGUGAUAAAUCGUGAACAGUGCUGUUUGUUACAGUUUGGAAGCACUUCUAUGUGUAAGUUGAUUAAAUAAAAAGUCUCUUCACAGUGUA